AUGUCUUGCAUCUCCCCCGUCCUCCCCGGCGUGAUAGUAGCGGCGCUCUCCAUCACCCUCCUCGCCCGCUUAUUCAAGCAGGAUUCCAAGCCUUUCCCUGGGCCGAUCGGUCUCCCGUUCUUCGGAGUCGCUUUUCAAAUACCGGAUGACAAGCAGUGGCUCAAGUUCCACGACUGGACUUGCCGCUACGGCGACGUCGUCGGCGUGACCGUCAUGGGCCAGCCCACUCUCGUCCUUGGCUCGUUCAGGGCCGCCAACGACCUUCUCGACGCGCGAGGCGCAAUCUAUUCCGAUAGACCUGACGCCGUCAUGGCUGGCGAGUUGGUUGGCUGGAAUCGCGGCCUAGGCUACGCACAUGGGCCCGAGCAGGCCCGUUUCCGCGAGUUCCGCCGUCUGUUCCAACACGCCAUCGGCCCCCGCGCGUGCGCGGACCCUGCGGGCGCCGUGGUCGCGAUGCAGUACGCGGAGACGCGUCGGCUGCUGCUGCGCUUCGCCCGCGAUCCGCGAGGCUUCUUUCGGCACGCGCGCGAGUCCACCGGCGCGCUUAUCCUGCGCCUCGCGUACGGCUACGUCGUCGCGCGCGAUCAGGCCGAGGAUCCGCUCGUGCACGUUGUCGAGGUCGCGAUGCAGGGCUUCGCGGGCGCGUCCGAGCCCGGCGCGUUUCUCGUCGACUACUUCCCCGCUCUCCGGCGAGUGCCCGAGUGGCUGCUUCGCAUCCCGCGGGGCGAGCGUAACUUCAAGGCCGUCGCGCGGCGGAUGCGGCAAGAGCUGGACGAGAUGUACGACUUGCCUUUUGCGUUCGUGAAGGGGCAGAUGACCCCGUCGUCCAUCAACGCCUUCAUCCUCGCGAUCACCCUAAACCCGCACAUCCAAACGCGCGCCCAAGCCGAGCUCGACGCGCUCCUCGGAGCGCCACCCACCCGGCUCCCGACGCUCGAAGACCGCCCCGCGCUCCCGUACGUCUCCGCGAUCGUCCUCGAGGUCCUGCGGUGGAACCCCGCGGUGCCGCUCGGGCUCGCCCACCGCCUCACGCGCGACGACGUCUACCGCGGGCGGCCGAUCAAGGCGGGCACGGUCGUGUGGGCGAACAUCUGGUCGAUGCUGCAGGACCCCGCGGUCUUCCCGGAGCCGCACGCGUUCAGGCCCGAGCGGUUCUUGGACGCGUCGGGGCGGUUGCGCGAGCUGGAGCGGCACGAAGAUCCGUCCGUCGUCGGGUUCGGGUUCGGGCGGCGGGAUGCAUUUGCGAUGAACUCCGUCUUCCUCGGGAUCGCGAGCUUGUUGUACACGUUCGAGAUCAAGAAGCGCAAGGACGAGCGCGGGGUGGAGGUUGUGCCUGAGGUCGACUUCCGUGGGUUCAUCAGUCAUCCUAUACCCUUUGAGUGUGAUAUCAAGCCUCGCUCCGAAGGGGCUGCCUCUAUGAUAAAUCGCCUGGCGGCGCAAGUAUAG